AACUACAAACGCGAAAAAAAAAGAAAGAUGGCCGUUCAAAGAAAGAAAGACGGAGUCCCCAAUGCAAAAUUCUUUGAAUCAGUUGAAACUAUAGCUCAGUUCGAUUCAGUCAGGACUUGGCUGCAUAAAAAUUGCAAAAAGUACACACAAGCAGAUCCACCUACCAACAAGAGUUUGUCAAGUCUAGUUCUGCAGUUACUUCAGUUUCAAGAGGAUGCAUUUGGCAAGUCAGUCAACAACUCACCACUUACAAAACUGCCUAUGAAAUGUUUUCUGGACUUCAAGCCAGGUGGAGCUCUUUGUCAUAUCUUGUCUGCUGUCUUCAAGUUUAAAACUGACCAGGGAUGGAGAAGGUUCGAUUUUGCAUCGCCCUCGAGGAUGGACAGAAAUGUAGAGAUGUUCAUGCAGAUCAUGAAGUCUCUGGUGGCAAACAAAUGUCACAUACAGCCAUGUGUUUAUAUUAAACCAACUCUGGACAAACCACUGAUCUCGAGACUGAAGGAUAUUGUGAAAAAACAUCAGGGUUCUAUAUCUGACAGUGAGGAGGAUGCAACACAUGUUAUACAUGGCAUGCCAGCAAGCUCAGGACAGGAAGAUGAAUGGUGUAGGCCUGUGAUGAAGAGAGAUAAACAUGCGCUGGUCCACUGGUGGUAUACACCUGACAGUUAUGACAACUGGAUACCAGAUCUUGGCUGUGACCAGGAACCAGAACCAUCAUGGUCACCACCUGGACCUUGGGAGGUCACAGCACGUUGGUUACUGGACCUAGAAGAGUACAAUGAAUGGAUGAACGAGGAAGAUUACCUGGUGGAGGAGGAGGUCAGUGUCCCUGUAGAGAGAAGUCGUGUGCGCUAUGAAGGUAAAAAGGUGAAGAAGAAGUUACCAACCAAAUAUUCUCCGGAAGAGCUUGUGGGUGAUGAGAAAAAGGAUAAGAAAAAAGGUAAAAGAAAGAGAUCACCCUCACCACCACCAGAGAAAAAGAAGAGAAAAAGUGGUCGUACAGCAGUGACCGGCUCAGCGGUGAAGAAAAACCGACGUGAUGAGGAAGAGGAGGAUUUAACCCAGGACCUGGAAGAUCCCACACCAGAAUCAAAUAUACAGGAGGUCCAGCUCUCUAAAACAGCAUCUCGGAGUAACAGAGACAGUGAGUUACAGCCAAUUAAAGGAGGUACAGUGGUUGAUAUGGAUGAUGAGCAGUCACAACAGAUGGGAGAGGAAAAGAUGGAAGAUGGAGAAGAACAAACAGAAAUGAAGAAGGAGAAGGAAGAGACUGAGGACAGUGUAACAGAACAGACACAUCAUAUUAUCAUACCUAGCUAUGCUUCCUGGUUCGAUUAUAACGGAAUCAAUGCCAUAGAGAGACGAGCUCUACCCGAGUUCUUCAACGGCAAAAAUAGGUCCAAAACUCCUGAAGUAUACAUGGCGUACAGAAACUUCAUGUUGGACACAUACAGAUUAAACCCGAUGGAGUAUUUGACAAGUACAGCUUGUAGACGCAAUCUUGCUGGUGAUGUUUGUGCAAUAAUUAGAGUACAUGCAUUUUUGGAGCAAUGGGGUUUGGUCAACUAUCAGGUAGAUGCAGAAAGUCGACCAACGGCCAUGGGACCUCCUCCAACAUCACAUUUCCAUAUCCUAGCAGACACUCCAUCAGGUCUUCAGGCUGCUAACCCACCUAGGUUAAAUCAGCCAUCAGCUGCAAAGCAGAUCGUGAGUUUUGAGGAACCAAAAGAUGGCGAAGACAAAAAAGAACUAACAAACUUUGGUCUGAGAACAGACAUCUACGGCAAGAAAUCACAAAAGGAUAAAGGUGCUGCCACAAGGACACGCGACUGGACAGACCAGGAGACGCUGUUGUUGCUCGAAGCACUGGAGAUGUACAAGGAUGACUGGAACAAAGUGAGUGAACAUGUCGGGAGUCGUACCCAGGACGAGUGUAUACUGCAGUUCCUCAGACUUCCUAUAGAAGAUCCAUACCUAGAUGAGGAUUAUGGACAUUUAGGUCCACUAGCCUACCAGCCUCUUCCGUUCUCGCAGGCAGGUAACCCAGUCAUGUCUACAGUAGCGUUCCUAGCCUCUACAGUAGAUCCACGAGUUGCAAGUGCUGCUGCUAAAGCUGCUCUUGAGGAGUUUUCCAAGAUGAAAGAUGAAGUGCCGCCAGCCUUGAUUGAUGCCCAUGUAAAGAUGGUAGAGAAAGCUGCAACUGAGGGUAAAGAGGUGGACCAGGAGUUUGGUCUGGAUCAGUCUGGUAUUGCUGGUACAGUGCCGGAGAAAGAGGAAGAAGAAAAGAAGGAAGAAGGGAAGGAGAAGAAGGAGGGAGAGGGGGAAAAUAAAGACGAGAAAGCAGAAUCAGAUAUAAAGAAAGAAGCCAUGGAAACUGACCAGGCUGAGAAAAAGACAGAAGAACAAACACAGGAGGCAAAAGAUGGGGAGAAAAUUGAGGAAAAGAAAGAACAGGAUGAGGCUACCAAGGAAGGAGAGAAAUCAGCAGAAGAUGAGGAGAAGAAAGAGGAGACAAGCAAGGGUAAAGAGAUUGUCAAGAGAAUGGAUGAUAAAGAGAAGGGUAACGUUGCCACGGCAGCAGCAGCAGCACUCUCUGCAGCAGCUGUAAAAGCUAAGCACCUUGCAGCAGUAGAGGAGCGUAAGAUCAAGAGUCUAGUGGCAUUACUUGUGGAAACACAGAUGAAGAAGUUAGAGAUAAAACUUCGACAUUUUGAUGAGCUUGAGGCCAUCAUGGAUAGAGAAAGGGAGGCAUUGGAGUACCAGCGACAGCAGUUGUUACAGGAACGCCAACAAUUCCACAUGGAGCAGGUUCGAGCAGCGGAAUACCGUGCCCGACAGAUUGCCAUGCAGCAGAUGGCACAAGAACAAAAACAGACACCACAAGGGGCCGCAGAUGGAUCAAUUUCAGGUCAGGCUCCUGCUUCCACUCAGCCUUCUGCUGUUGGACAUACCUACCCUACAUCUAGUUCACCUAUGACCCCAAUGGGACCGACAGCCCAGCAGGGAUCUCCAGCCCCUCCCCCAGCCACACAACCCCUCCCACCAUCAAACCAGGCACAGACAGGUCCUCCUAAACCAGCAACUCCUGUACCAGGUGGUGAAGGAGGCGACUCAAAUGCCUCGUCAGAGCCAAUGGACACACAACCUCCGCCAUCAUCAGCAGUUUCAGCAACGUAGAAUCUCAGUCAUUAUCAUCAUCAGGCAUUUUUUAUCAUCAUUAACAUUAUCUGUCAGAGGAGAACUUUGCACUUGCAUGUUGUAAAUAGGUCGUCUUGUUGUAUAAAGGUGAUUGUGCUGAUGCACCUAUGCACAGUGUCAAACUUCAUAAAGGUACUCACCCAAAAAUUUUAAAGAUUGUUGAGGAUCAUAUAACUAUUGGACUUGUAAAAGACCAGGGGGACUGCCUAUACAAAAUGGGUGUUUCAGUGCAGUUUUCCUGUGUAAGGGUGUAUCUAGUGGCAUCAAAAUGUGUACGGCGAGAUAGUUUCCUGAUGUGUUCAAAUCAAAACUUGAUGUAGGUAUUUGUAGGCAUGUUGAUGUACUGCAGUGCAUUGCAGGUUUGGAAUCAUUUCUAACGAGUUUUAUGGUCAGAUACUAUUUACAGCAUUUUUAUAUGCUAAUAUGGUCCAAUACAGAAGUCUUCUUGAACUGCUGCAGCCCAGAUUCUUACCUUACUGAAAAUAGAACUCGAGAUUUUUGGCCAAGAUGUAAUUGUGAAUUUGCAUCAAAUAUUGAACAAGAAAUAAGAACGAAGACAAAUUUUGAAUUAGAUAUGGUGCUAGUACAUCUAUUAUGUUAUUAGUAUUUUGAUUGGAACCAUAUUAAAAAUGUCUACAAAUUACAUUGUCAUAAAAUGUAUUAUGUUGUGAGGUAAAUAAAUAUAUGUAAAUUAUAAA